UUAUUAUACCUUUUACCUGUAAGAAUUAAGUUUAUAACAUAAAAUAUCUUAUUAGUUAUUAUAUUAUUAUGUAAGUGUUACAGUAAUGAGAUAAUUAUUAACUACAAAUAUACACUAUUUUAUCGAUUACCGUGUGGCGUGUGCGUUUUUGACUUUUGAUAUUUUGCACACGCUUUGUGUCGUUUUUUGAUUCGUACGUUUCAAAUUGUUCAUGUCGAAACUGACGCGUGACUACCUUUCGGCAUUUGUCAUGACUAAUGUUUUGAUGGUUUUUACCUAUGUGAAUUAUUAAAAAUUAAUUAUUGUGUCUCGUAUUGUUCCUAUUGUGUAUUAUCAUUACCAGAGAACACCGCUGAGAACCGAUUACGGAAUAAUAAAAUUUAUAAUGCGUUGCCCGUCUUUUUGCAAGUUAAAUCGUCAUUCAGUGGAGGCCAUUAUGGCACAUUCGACCAGUUGAAAUCAAUUAGAACGACAACGAAAAUUCUAUAUCAACAGCCAUCGUUAUAGAGAAACAUGGAUAAUUCUGAAGCAACUGAGAAUUCUAUGUGUGAAACAUCCCAACAACAGUUAUUACCAAUUGAAAAUAACUGUCAGCCAGUUGGAGAUGAAUUAUUGAACAAUGAUUGUAUAGAACCUUUAAAAAUUGUAGAUCAAAUUAAUAAUUCUGAAAACCAAAUGCUUGUAGAAUCAACUGAUGUCAGUAAUCCAAGUACAAAUGUUACUACUGAACUUAGUUCGGUUGUUCCGGCCGAUAAUUCUAUGCCACCUCUUCCACCACUUCCCAAAAACGAUAAUGGACAAUUGACGCAACCACCAGCAGCACCAGCUGAUUACAACAUGCAAAACUAUGCAAACUAUAAUAGUUAUAUGUAUAAUUAUAAUAAUUAUUAUGGCUAUCCUUAUCCUCAAUAUCAAUGGGAUUACAAUAGUCAACAAUACUAUCAACCAUAUCAAAAUUAUUAUAAUUAUAAUUUUAAUCAAGCAAAUCAAACUCAAACAUCAUCAAAACUUCCUCCACCUCCACCUGAUUCUGUGCAAUUGCCAGUUGAAGAGAAACCAGCUAAUAAAAACAUUAAUACAGUUGAUGACUCUAAUAGAUAUUCUCCUACAGCAGAGACUGAUGAUGAUGUAUUAUCAGAGAACUUAAAAUCUGAUAUCCUUAUUGUACAACCCGCUCAAACCAUCAAAGCGGCUCUCAUUCAAACUGCACCACCUGAACAAACAGAAGUGCAACAAAACAUACCCGAGAACAUAGACAAUAUUUUUCGACAGACUGUUGACCCUUCAACUUUAUCUUCAAUUACACCAGUGCAACAGCGUGUUCCUAUGAUAGCCCAGGUACAACCAUACAAUAUGCAGGUUCAACAAUCUAGCUAUCCAAUUAAUCCACAAAGUCAAGUGCAGCAAUCCACUGAAACUGUUAAUGAGGCGAACAAUCAACAGCAAAACUUGCCUGCAUUGAAUGGAAAAGAUGACCCUAUUGAGAAAGUGUCUAAAGCAUCAACGGUGUUGGGUAAAUCCCAAGCUAAAAAACGACUGAUGGCUUUUUCAAUGAUGAAACAAAAGUUGCAAGAACAAAAUAAUUCAAUUACUGAUAAUCAGAGUUCAGACAUUGGAGAAGGAAAUGAUGUAGAAUUUGUGCCUGAACUUAAUGUAUUCCAAACAGUUACAAAAAAAAAAGUUGUGACUAAUAAAAAAGUUGCUAAAGUUAUCAAGGCUCAACAAACAAUUGAACAAAUUGAAGAAAUGAAGAAAGAUGAACUGUUACAAGGAAAUAAUGCAGCAUUAUAUCAACAUCUCCUUAGAAGUGGUGGCAACGAAGCUCCUAUCCUUCAGAAACUUGGUAUAGAAUCAUUAGCAGAAAAAUAUUCAGCUAAGAUAAGAGAACAGGAUAAACGUUCAAGUAGACAACAUCACAGGCGUCGAGAUGAAUCCAGAAGAGGCCACAAGUAUCGCCGUCGUUCUCAUUCGAAAUCCAGGACUAGGUCAAGAUCAAGAUCAACAGAGAAACCAAAGAUGCGAGCACUAGAAGUCAAGAGUUGGAAAGAUUUUGUCAAAGGUGGAUUUCACUUUGACAGAUUUAGAAGAUUCAAGAUGGAUGAAACUGAAGAAAUAAAAGAAAAAGAGCGCAAGUCCAGAAAAAAGAAAAGGCAUGGAGACUCAAGAUCUGAUAGCAAAAACCAUAAAAAUGAAUCUAACGUACCAUCCGAGACAGAAAAAGGAACCGGAGAUCAGAAAUUACGCCACAACAUAUUAGAACGCAAAAAAGAAAUUCUCAAGGGUCUUGAAGUCAACACACUUGAAGGAGAUUUUACAAAAGAUUUUCCCAGUUAUAUUAUUCGAUGCACUAAAAAUAAACCAGUCAUUAAGUUUAGUGAAAAUCCAGCAAAUGCCACAUACCAUCUCCAGAACAGACAGCAAAUGUUUGCCACACUUCUUCCAGAAAUUGAAGCGAUUGUUCUCAAAUUCUUAUCUUCAAUGAAACCAAAAAAGCUCAAAGAAAAUUAUACUGACAAUAACUUAAAUAACGUUGACGAAAAACUAUUAGUUAUGAUGAAGGAUAAAAAUAUUUAUCCAUUCAAAGGUUGGUGGCCCAAAACAAAUUUUAUUGUUACACAAGUCAAGGAAGAUCCAAAUGUUGAAAUAGAUGAAGACGUAUUGAUGAAUGAAAUCACUACUAGUAAACGAACUAAAAAAUCUAGAUUCAAUGAUGAUACAUCUCUUGUUGAUUUAAGACCUACUGUUCCAUCCAAAUGGGACAGUGAUUAUGACGGUAGUCCAGCUGCUGAGAAUAAAGUUUCAUAUGUUGGAGUUACUCAAAAUGUAGAAAUGAAUACUAAUGAUAAUGUCUGCAUAAUCAAAAAAGAAGAAAACAGUCCUUUAGAUAUAAGCCAUCAGGAAGAAGCAAUGGACACAGCAUCAGAUGUUGGUGAAGACGAACCAAAGAUUGAAGUUAACAUUUGUCCAGUUCUACCGAUUCAGAUUCAAGAACCGCAAGGACACGCUAAAUUGAAUACAGAAUAUGAAGAGUUUUUGAAAAUUGUAAAAGCUGAAAAGGAAGAAAGUGCCAAUUCCAUCAUUACUACAACUAAUAAUGUAACUAUUCAAAAUGACAAUGAAAAUAAUCUAUCUACAAAGUCUGUAUCAAUGAAUGAUGAUUCUAUGCGAGACGAGUCUGAAGAGUAUAUGUCCACAAAAUCUUCAGAUGAUUCUAUUUCAUUACACAAUGCUGCCGAGGAGUCUGAUUCAAAUGAUGGAUCAUUUGUUGAAGAGUUAUCUUCUGCUAUUGAUUUAAAGAUUAGAAAAAAGAAAAAAUCAUCUAGUAAAAAGUCUAAGACAUUUAAGAGUAAAGAAAGUAAGAAGAAAAGGCAUAAAUCAAGUUCCACUGAAAGUUCACAAGAUUCAGAAUCAGAAAGUGAUAGUAGUUCAGAUGAUAGCGAUUCUGAAUCAACUGAUUCUAGCUCUACAUUUGAAAAAAAGAAGAAAAACAAAUCGAAAAAUAAGAAAAAAAAGAAAAUCAAAACAAAUUAUAAAAAGAAACAUAGAAGUGACAAGAAUAAGACCAAAAGUCCCGAAGACGAAAAAGAAGAUGCUAAUAGUAGUAUUCUCAAUUUAAUCGAAAAAGCAUUAAAUGUUGAAAUUAAAAAGAGGCCUUCAGAUAGUAAAGAACUUAAACAAAAAAAGAAAAAAAAGAAACACGAAAAAAAAGAAAAUAAAUCAAGUGAAGAGAAUGAUGAUAAAUUUGAAAAAGUUAAGGAUUGUUUAAAAGAAACAAUUACAAAAUUGGUUAAAACUGAUAAAGUGAAUAAAAGUCAGUCUCUUUCAUGUGAUGACACUGUCAUUGAAGUAUUAAAAUAUUUAAAUGAUAAAGAAAAAAAGAAUAAAAAAUCAAAGAAAAGUUCAAAAAGAAAGCACGAUUCAGAUAUAUCUGAUGAUGAGAAAACACUUAAAAAAUCUAGGUUAGCUGAUAGUUGUUCAAAACCUAAAGUUAACGAUAAGAAAAAGAAAAGUAAAAAGAAAAAAUCUAUAGAAAGAAAAUCUGUUGAUUCAGAUGAACACCUGACAAAAAAGAAGUCUAAGAAAAAACCUAAGACCACUGAUACUUCAGAGGCUGAAGAUCUAGAGGAAUUAAACGAAAAUAAAAGUAAAACUGAUUCAGUUCAGUUUUUUGAAUUGCGACCCAAUGAGUGGAACAUUAAUAAAAAUAGUUCCAUGAGGGGAGUCAUCCAUCACUCGGAAGUAAAUAAUAAAAAAAACAAAUCUGAUUCCAUUAAUUUAAUAGAUAAUUGUCAUUCUACAAACAGAAGUACAAAUAAAAGUGAAAUAUCUAAGUUGCCUAAUGUAUUUAAAGACCAUGUUGAGGAAAAAGAAAAAAGAAAAACACAAUUACAAAAGACUAAUGAAGAUGUCAAAAGUGAUAAAAUCGACAAUGUUUCAAAAAAUAUAACUGUAGAAAAUGUUUUAAUUAAUUUUAAAAAUUCAGACUUUGAAUCUAAUGAAGAAAAUGAUGAAAUGUCGAAGAAAUGUGUUGAUAAAUGUCAUAAUGAUUUAUUUAAACUUAAAAAUGAGUUACAAAAAACUGUGUUUGAGAAAAAUGAUAAUAGUGAACAGCAUGAUAAAGAUAAAGAUCUUAAGAGUAUUUUUAAACCACAAACCCAAAACACACCACUUGAUCUAUAUAAUAAAUCUCCUAUUACUUGUAUUGUCAACAAACCUGUUACAGAACCCAUAUCAUAUAGGGACAAAGUAAAAAUGAAUUUAAAGAAACUUUCCACUUGCCAAAAUAUGCCGUUUGUAUUUGGAUUUUCUUCACCAAUCAACCUAAUUAAAUCAAACAAUUUCAAAUUGGAUAAAACUAAAGAUUUUAAAGUAUUCAAUGAAGAAGAUAAAUCUAAAGAUGAUGAUCCAAAAGUAGACAAUCCAACAGUUAAUGAAACCAAACUUUUAAAUUCUGAUGAACCAAAAGUAAUUCUUCAAACACAAAUGAAAGAACCUCAUGUAACAAUUACUGAUAAAGAAUUGCCUAAAUUCAAUGUUGAAUCAGAUAAAAAAGCUGUAGAUCAUAGUUAUGAUUGGGAUGAUUCUGAAGAAUCCGAUACUGACCAAUCACUUACUACAAGCACGGAUACGUCAGAGCAUUCAAGUGAACAAAUUAAUUCAAAUUCAUUGGUGAAUGAUUCGCCAAAUAUAAGUAAUAAAAAUAAGACAUUCUCAAAUGAUAGCAAAGAACUUGAGGAACUUGUAUCUAAUGUGUUUGAAAAAAAUAGUUUAGAUUCAAGAAGGGAAGGACAAGGAUUUCCUUUAGAAGUUGACAAUGUCCUUAUAGAGAAAGAAAUAACCUCUUUGUCAAAUUUCGCUGAUUUCUCUGAACAACAUUUAGAUAGUGAUACUGAAGGUUUGCGAAGUGACGUAUUAGUUAAAAUGGAGAAAAAAGAUUCGGUUAGCGAUGAUCUACUAGAAGUUUCUAAAUCUAACAAUGAACUAAUUACUCAAUGGACGUCAGAUUGGAUAAAUUUGGAUAAGUCUGUUACUGAAAUUAAUCAUUCAAGCAAUUCCAAAUCUGGGGAUGAGGAAUUACAAUUAAAAAAGAAAUCUCGUUGGGACAAACAACCCAUGGAUAAUAAUAUAAGCAGAUCACAAAAUCUUAAUAAUGGACUGAAAGAGUAUAAGGAUGAAACUGAAUCAAAAAUCUUGACUGAUGAAGUAAAAUGUAUUAGUUCUUCAUCCUAUAAUGAAGAAAUAAAAUGUAUUAGUUCUUCAUCUAACAAUGAAGAAAUAAAAUGUAUUAGUUCUUCAUCUAACAAUGAAGAUGACCUUUAUAAUGAACAAAACCAGGCAUGUGAAAUAAUGUCAAUAAAUUGCACAAAUGAUAUUCAUGAAAUUAGUCCUUAUGUAUAUGAUGAUUAUGUUCAAACUUAUGAACAAUAUAGUGGUUUACCUAUGUAUUCUGAAAUGAAAACUAUUGAACAUGAUCUAUUAAGUCCGAUUGACUAUAGUGUGUAUGAAAACUAUAAUCCAAAUUAUAAUUACCAUUCUGAAGAUUAUGACAUGUGGAAAUCUAUAGAUACAGAAACAUCUGAUUAUGGAGUGAUUAAAGCCAUUCCAACAACCGAUGAAACAGUAUCACAAUAUGACAAUGCUUUUGAAAUGUUGCCCAUUAACAAAGUUUCUAUUGAUCAAGUUCAAUUUUCCAAAGAGGAAGUAACAAAUGAAAACGUUGAUAUUAUUAUUACAGAUAUUCAGGACAAUCAGGAUGAAAUUGUCAAAAAUGAAAAAUCAGAUAGUGCAAGUCGUGAUGAAUUAUUUGUCAAACUGUAUCAACAGCAUUUUCAACAUUACAAUCAAAAUCCAGUUAAAUACUCGCUGAGCGAUCCUGUUAUAAUUAACACAGAAGAAGUCAAACUAAAUAUCCCAGAUAGUUUGUUAUCUCAAGAAAAGUCUGAAACUGAUCUAAAUUCUGAUAAUAUAAUGCCCAUACCUUUACAAACUCGAGCUUACGUAUGUAUACUCGAAGAUGAUAAUACCAAUCUUUAUCUCACCAGUGACAACUACAUGGCAUAUUGUGCUGUUGAGGAUAGAUGUAUGGUGCACAUAUCUGUAAAUCCAUGUAGCCGUGAUGGAAUAGAGAAUGAUGUCCGACAUUGUUUCAAUAUAAGCUUAAGUGGAUCAAUAAAUGAAUAUUGGCUGCAUGCAGAUUUAAUUCCAUUUAACGUUCCAUCUGAUGCUGAAUCAGGUGUGUUCAGUGAUGACGAGAUUGACUCUUUAGAAUCAGAUUCUGGCCAUGAAGAAGAUUUAAACAAUGACAACAAUGAAAAUGAUGAUGAUCUAAUAGAAAGUGAAUGGGAACUAGUUGACAAUUUUCAUGACGAUGUCAAUAGCUGGCUGGAUGAACCAUAUAUACUUAAAAAAUAUAAUAUUGAAAAUGAUGUUAGUCAUAUUAAUGAAGAUCAUUGUAUGACUAGUUCCUCGGAAUCUGACACAGAUGGAAGUGAGUUAUCAGAUUCCUAUGUUGAAAUGUUUACUGAUAAACAAAAUAUUAAUGAAAAUAAUUUUCAAAAGUCACUGGAAACUAAAGAUGAUAAACACAAAUACCAAAAUGUAAUCGAUAAAGUGAUGCCUAUAGAUGUUUCUGAAAAAACUGAAAAUCCAGAUUUAUUAGUAGAAACUGAAUUAUCUGAACAAUUACGUAUGGACAUUGAAGUUAAAGAAGAAAUUAAUACGUUGGAGGGGAUUAAUGAGAAUAAUCUAACUUCAAAAAUAAAUACAGAAGACAAUUGUAAUGUCUCCAUAAAGUUAGAAGAUAAAGAAAACCAUGGAAAUGAAUCGGGUGCAUUCACAAAAGAAAAAGUUACUGUUGACGACCUUUCAAUGAUGGAUACUAUUAUUAAUCAAAAGAUAUUAAUUCAGAAAUUAAAAAUUCGCGCAAAAGAAAAGAUUCGUGAGAAACUGCCUGAUACAAUAAUGGUUCGUUACAGCGACAACAUGGAAACCAUUAAACAUCCAUUUUUAGGACUGUUUCAGCCACCAACUAACAGUAUCCUAUCUAAACCAAAGUCGAUUGAGCCACUAUACACUUCUAACUUGUCUAAACGUGUGACUUUUGCUGAUGGAAUCCGUCCUGGUGACAAUUUGGCAGCGUCUCCAACACACGAUGAUUUCGGUCGUCCAUUAUCACCUCCUCCUCUUAAAGCAUUAAUGCGGGAAACAUUAAAAUUCAAACGUAACAUGUAUCCAUUUAAAAGAUCAAAAGUACGCACUAAAUUGAAAAUGGAAAAAAAGAAAGUGGCCAAAGUAACACCUUCAAUUAAGGCAACCAAUUCAUCAACCAUUGAAUAUUAUAUCAGCCGUCAUCGUCUUGCUGACUUACCUAUUGAAGAAACUCCUAAUAGUUUCUCAAGAUCCGAUUUUUCAUCAAAUAAUGAUAAUGAUAGAACCGAAAAGAUGAAUACUCCACCUAGACCCACAAGAGAAGUCACUCCAGUGCCAUCUGAUACAGAGUGUUGGAAUGAUGAUGAUGUAAUUAAAAACAACAGAUAAUAAUUAAAGAUUAAAUGAGCUUUAUAUAUGUGUGAUUUAAAACAAAUAUAUUAGAAUAUCAUCUUAUGUCUUUAGUUCACCGUUAUAUAAAUAUAUAUACAUUUAUAAUACAUAUAUAUAAUGUCUAUAAAUUGUAUUUACACCAUAUACAUAUACGUAUUUAAUAAUUUUACAAAUCUAUUAUAUUAUUUUGUCUGGAUCAAAAUAUGUAUUUUAAUAUUAUUUAUUUUUAUUACCUACCCCAAUUUUAUUAUUUUGUGUAAAAUUAAUGUUUAUUGUAUGAACAAUGUUAUGUACGGAGGGAUGAAAAGACAAACUGUUGCCACAUUUUGAGUGCAUAACCAUUUUUUUUUAAUUUACUUUUUUUUUUUAAAUAAUUAAUUAUUUAUUAUAACAACAUCACUUAAGGUAUAUUAUUGUCAAAUAUUGAUUAAAAAGAAUACUGAAAUAACUGUAACUACUACUGCUAUAAAUAAUGUAAAAAAAACAUCUGAUUUUGGAUACAGGCAUUAUAAAUCUAUAGAAUAUUUUAAAUCUAUACUACUUAACCACAAAUGUUUUUUCUAUGUAAUGUUCGGCACAUUAAAAAUGUUUUUUUUAUUAAAAAAAUUUAAAUUUAUGAUUAUUUAAAUACCUGAAUUGUUAAAUUCAUAAACUUUUUAUCAUAAACUAAUUUUUAACCCUUACCUAUUUUUCAGUAUAUAUAAUUUUUACUGAUUAUCAAAUUGUCUAAUUUACUAAUACUACAAUUUUAUUAUUUGAUAUUUACGGCAGAAUAUCAAUCCCCGUCAUUUAAAAUCUCCAAACCUUUCCUAGAAUAAAAUGUCUAGGUAGUUAUAAAUUCAUUAUUAACCAUUUUUAAUGUUAUUAUAAGUUAUUUUAAAUGACAAACUAUAAUUUUUUUUAAAAAUAAUAUUGUAAUUGCAUUUUUAAAUUGAGUUUUUAACUGUUA